CACCACCCCAGCACUUUGGAGGUUGCUCCUGUGCCAAGGACUCCCAGGAAUCCUUCAACUGCCGUACACUCAAAGUUGAGCAGUAUAGACUGGGCCCUACAACUUGCUGUCUUCACAAGUGCAGUGCUGAGUUUGAGAGGAACAGGGAAACCCUGUAAUUCUCAGGUUUCUUAGAUGAAGAUAAGCAAUUUGGUUUUGAUGCUGUGCCAGAAAUCUUCUGACAAUGAGCUACUGGAACUUGGAGAAAAGAAACUGUGUGCAGUACCGCAGGCAUUUUCUGGUGGACAACAGUGUGUUUCACGUUGAAAGAUGCAUGAGUGUGAUGCAGUCCGGGACACAGAUGAUCAAACUGAAACGUGGAACCAAAGGGCUCGUCCGGCUCUUUUACCUGGAUGAACAUCGGACCCGCCUCCGAUGGAGACCCUCAAGGAAGAGUGAGAAGGCAAAAAUACUUAUUGACUCCAUUUACAAAGUCACCGAAGGUCGGCAGUCUGAAAUAUUCCACAGACAAGCUGAGGGGCACUUCGAUCCCAGCUGCUGCUUUACCAUCUACCAUGGCAACCACAUGGAGUCUCUGGAUCUCAUCACCUCCAACCCUGAGGAGGCACGCACCUGGAUCACAGGCCUCAAGUACCUGAUGGCCGGCAUUAGUGAUGAAGAUUCACUUGCCAAGCAGCAGAGGACCCACGACCAGUGGGUAAAGCAGACCUUUGAGGAAGCUGAUAAGAAUGGGGAUGGCUUAUUGAAUAUUGAAGAGAUACACCAGUUGAUGCAUAAACUAAAUGUCAAUCUGCCCCGAAGAAAAGUCCGACAAAUGUUUCAGGAAGCUGAUACAGAUGAGAAUCAGGGAACUUUGACAUUUGAAGAAUUCUGUGUUUUUUACAAAAUGAUGUCAUUGAGACGGGACCUUUAUUUGUUGCUCUUGAGCUACAGUGACAAGAAAGAUCACCUAACUGUGGAAGAACUGGCUCAGUUUUUGAAGGUGGAACAAAAGAUGAACAAUGUGACAACAGACUAUUGUCUUGACAUCAUAAGGAAAUUUGAAGUUUCAGAAGAAAAUAAGACGAAAAAUGUUCUUGGCAUAGAAGGGUUCACGAACUUCAUGCGUAGUCCUGCUUGUGACAUAUUUAAUCCAUUGCACCAUGAAGUGUACCAGGACAUGGAUCAGCCUCUGUGCAACUACUACAUCGCUUCCUCUCACAACACAUACCUGACGGGGGACCAGCUCCUUUCCCAGUCCAAAGUGGACAUGUACGCACGGGUGCUACAAGAGGGCUGUCGCUGUGUGGAAGUUGACUGUUGGGAUGGCCCAGAUGGAGAGCCAGUAGUACACCACGGUUAUACUCUCACUUCAAAAAUUCUCUUCAGAGAUGUUGUGGAGACCAUCAACAGGCAUGCCUUUGUGAAGAAUGAGUUCCCGGUCAUACUGUCCAUUGAGAAUCACUGCAGUGUCCAGCAACAGAGGAAGAUUGCUCAGUACCUGAAAGGAAUAUUUGGAGACAAGCUGGACCUGUCAUCUGUAGACACAGGAGAGACCAAACAGCUUCCAAGCCCUCAGAGUUUGAAAGGCAAAAUCCUAGUGAAGGGCAAGAAGUUGCCUUAUCACCUUGGGGAUGAUGCAGAGGAAGGGGAAGUUUCUGACGAAGACAGCGCAGAUGAAAUUGAGGACGAGUGCAAAUUCAAGCUCCAUUAUAAUAAUGGGACCACUGAGCAUCAGGUGGAAUCUUUCAUAAGGAAAAAACUGGAGUCAUUGUUAAAAGAAUCUCAGAUUCGAGACAAAGAAGAUCCUGAUAGUUUCACAGUGAGGGCACUACUGAAGGCCACACACGAAGGCUUAAAUGCACAUCUGAAACAGCAUCCAGACGUGAAGGAAAAUGGAAAGAAAUCACAUGGACGAUCCCUCAUGACCAACUUUGGAAAACAUAAGAAAACCACAAAAUCACGGUCUAAGUCUUAUAGUACUGAUGAUGAGGAAGACACACAGCAGAAUUCUGGCAAGGAAACUGGCCAGCUGUACAGGUUGGGUCGCCGAAGGAAAACCAUGAAGCUCUGCCGAGAGCUCUCUGACUUGGUGGUGUAUACAAACUCCGUGGCAGCCCAAGACAUUGUGGAUGAUGGAACCACAGGGAAUGUGUUAUCAUUUAGCGAAACAAGAGCACAUCAGGUGGUUCAGCAGAAAUCGGAGCAGUUCAUGAUUUAUAACCAAAAGCAGCUCACGAGGAUUUACCCCUCUGCCUACCGCAUUGAUUCCAGUAACUUCAACCCUCUGCCGUACUGGAACGCAGGCUGCCAGCUAGUGGCACUGAACUACCAGUCUGAAGGGCGAAUGAUGCAGUUAAACCGAGCCAAAUUCAAGACAAAUGGCAAUUGUGGCUAUGUCCUCAAACCCCAGCAAAUGUGCAAAGGUACUUUCAACCCUUUCUCUGGUGAUCCACUUCCUGCCAACCCCAAAAAGCAGCUCAUCCUGAAAGUGAUCAGCGGACAGCAACUCCCCAAACCUCCAGACUCCAUGUUUGGAGACCGAGGCGAGAUCAUUGAUCCUUUUGUCGAAGUUGAAAUUAUUGGAUUGCCAGUAGACUGCUGUAAAGAUCAAACUCGCGUAGUAGAUGACAAUGGAUUUAACCCUGUGUGGGAAGAAACCCUGACAUUUACAGUACACAUGCCAGAAAUAGCUUUGGUUCGGUUCCUUGUGUGGGAUCAUGAUCCGAUUGGACGAGACUUUGUUGGACAAAGAACCGUGACCUUCAGCAGCUUAGUGCCGGGCUACCGGCAUGUCUAUUUGGAAGGACUGACAGAAGCAUCCAUAUUUGUCCACAUAACAAUCAAUGAAAUCUAUGGAAAGAACAGACAGCUCCAAGGUCUGAAGGGAUUGUUCAAUAAGAAUCCCAGGCACGGUUCUUCAGAAAACAAUUCCCAUUAUGUUCGGAAACGAUCAAUUGGAGAUAGAAUUCUGCGACGCACCGCCAGUGCUCCAGCCAAAGGCAGAAAAAAGAGCAAAAUGGGCUUCCAAGAAAUGGUAGAGAUAAAGGAUUCUGUGUCUGAGGCUGCAAGAGAUCAGGAUGGUGUCCUGAGGAGGACCACACGGAGUCUGCAAGAGCGCCCUGUCUCUAUGCCUGUUGACAAAAGUCUGCUGGGGGCUUUGUCACUACCUGUAUCUGAAACAGCAAAGGACACUGACGGAAAAGAAAGCUCCCUGGCAGAAGAUAAGGAUGGAAGAAAAGGGAAGGCAAGUGUAAAAGACCAACAUUUUCCAAAUUUCAACAGAAAGUUGUCCUCUUCCUCUAGCGCUCUCCUACACAAAGACAUCAGCCAAGGCAACUCCACCAUGUCUGUUGCCAGCAUGGCAAUCACGGGAGAACCGUGGGGAGUGCCAGGUCCUAAGGGUGGGAGAGCCAAAGCAAACGUGUCAAGUGAUUGCCGGGAACAUGAGUGCCCCAGCCAAUCCCUCUCCCCGCGGCAGCGUUUGGCUCUUGAUCCUGCCGUUACUCCAACACAAGGUCUGUGUGGUGUGAAAACCAAGGAAAGUGGCAAUGUGGGGGGCUCUGUGGAAGAGAAAAGCACGUUGUCAGGAAGCAUUUUCUCUCAAAGCAAUUUGGAGAUUAAGAACUUGGAAGGUCACUGGCGUAAGGGCCGAGCUGCAACAUCCUUUUCGUUGUCAGACGUCUCUACGCUCUGUUCUGACAUACCUGACUCACAUUCCACUGCUGUUCUGCAGGAGAGUGAAAUUUCCCAUCUUAUUGACGAUGUCACUUUAACGAAUGAGAGCGAGCUGGGCAGUUCCAUCUCUGCCCUGAUUGGCCAGUGUGAGGAGGCCAGUGAUGAGGCAAACCUCACAGUCGUUUCUCACGUCCAUGGUGCCAGUGCCGUGUCACGUCAUUCUCCCUUGCCCCCCUUGGAUGGAAAAUUCCCUUUCAGGCCUGACUUUUCCAUGGGAAAACCCAGGUCAUCCUUCCUGUGCUCAUCUCCUGAGCCAAUUGCUUUCUCAAGUCCCGAGACCUCCAAACACUCCACACACACAGUUUGUGAAACUACCUGCACUCCUGUCUCUAAAACCAAACCAGAUGACAACCUUUCUGGUAAGGCCAAGACGGGGGCUGUGGAAAACAGCCUGCCUGGGUCCUCUAACACUUCUCACUGCCAGUUACCAAAAAGUCCCAACCAUGGAAAAGACUGGGAAAUGCUAAAGAACCACAGCCCUGCCACUUGCACGGACUCGACGCUGGAAGAUGUAAUAGCCGAUGCCACUCUCUGUUUAAAUUCUGGAGAGAGCAGUCUCGUGGAAAUGGAUGGGGACUCAGAAAACCUGUCUAUAACAGCCUAUGAAUAUAGAAGAGAGGACACAAGUCACCUUGAUUCUCCUUUAAAACUGAAGUACGGUCAGGAUGUGGUGGAACAUUUUCAAAGAGGUUUGAGAAAUGGCUACUGUAAAGAGACUGUCCACUCUUCUGUGUCUGAAAUCUUCAACAAUAUUCAAGAUGUCAAAAAUCAAAACAUUUCCUGUCUAGCCUAUCAGGGUGCUGGUUUUAUGCAUAACACCUGCUCAAAUUCAGAUGCAAAAACGAACCAGACCUGUGUGCCCCUGUCUAGUGAUGAAGCCACGCAUGCCCCCGCCCCCAAGCAGCCCACACAUCCUCCUCUGCCUGCUCUGAAGCUGCCCAGUCCUUGCAAAUCCAAAAGUCUGGGGGACCUAACGUCAGAGGACAUUGCCUGCAACUUCGAAAGCAAGUACCAGUGUAUCAGUAAGAGCUUUGUUACAACUGGCAUUAGAGACAAGAAGGGUGUGACUGUGAAGACAAAGUCCUUAGAGCCUAUAGACGCCCUGACCGAGCAGCUGCGGAAGCUUGUGUCUUUUGACCAGGACGAGGGCUGUCAAGUGCUCUACUCAAAGCAGGAUGCCAACCAGUUCCCCAGGGCACUGGUCAGAAAGCUGUCAUCCAGAAGUCAGAGCAGAGUGCGCAAUAUUGCCAGUCGUGCCAAGGAAAAGCAGGAAGCCAACAAGCAAAAAGGUGUAAACCCCAGCCACGCGGGGGGAGUGGUUCUUCGAAACAAGCCGUCAGCGCCCCUGCCUGCGGGCAACCGGCACUCCACCGGCUCCUACAUCGCAGGCUAUCUGAGGAGCACCAAAGCCGGGGGCCCGGAGGGCCGAGGCAUCCCCGAAGGGGCGUGCGCAGCCUUGCGCCCUGGCUACGUCGACCAGUUUUGUCCGGAUAAUUCUGUUCUGCAGACCGAGCCAAACAGUGAUGACAAACCAGAAAUUUAUUUUCUUUUGAGACUGUGAAUUACGUAAAGCUGCAUUUUCAGUGUUUACAAGGUAUUCCGUAGAGUUGUCAGAGUUUUCGGUAAAUAUGGUCUUGGCUUUGAAAUGAUUUUAAAAUGUAUUUUUAAACUUGUGCUUUGGUCUCCCUUCGACUCCACAUGUUCUUCCUGUUUAUGUGUUUGUAUAUAGAUUGGGGUGACAUUUCCCAUGUGCAUAUGAUCUCUCUUCCCCGAAGUGUAAAUGCCGUCAGUAAGAAAUAUGUGCAUGCCCUAGGUGUGACAGUUCUCAGCGGCUUGGGUUAUGAAGUGUGUGCGUUUCUUUACCACCCCCUUUGCUCUGUGUCCUCAGAUCACAGUCACAAAUGUAGUCAGUUUUACCCUCUAAUUGCUGAGUUCGUUAAGAAACUUUGCAAAGGACAAAGGGGUACAUUCUUUAUUUUAAAGCUAUCGUCAUCAUUCCUAGUUUUCCUUCUUCGCUCAGAAGCCCAAACUCAUUUUUAUAACUCAGCUAAAAGAAGAUUGAAAGAGUUACCCUACCUUUUAAGAUUUCUCUACCCCAGGCAGAAUAAGAGUUCAAAGGAGAUUGGUAGCUGUUCCCCCCACACCCUCUCAUUUUAGAGUAGGCUGGGAGGGUGUGAGGGAGAAAACAAACUUCUGUAUAUAGAGACAAAAUUGUUUGUUUUACAUAAAUUUUGUUACAUAUUUUUGCUAACGGCUUUGUAUGUAACAAGAACACAGUUGCCAAGCUAUUUGUUGUACUUUUGAAUUUUCUGAUUAAAUUAUAGACUGCAAAUAAUGGCUUUCAGAACGAGGGACUUCUGUCAGACGCUAACAAUAAUUGUAGCACAGAUUGAAAACAUCCCCAAAGCUGUCGAGCAGAAAAAAACAAAAUAAAACAUUUUUCUCAUAAUAAAAUCCAAGUAAAUAGGUAAUUAGAAGAAACCUUUUCCCUUCACGGAGCCACGUAACUAUAUUUUAGAACCAACAUACGUUAUUUUCACUGUGAAUCCAUUUUUUAUUGCAUGUUCAGAUGUCCCUCUCUGCUUUUUUUGUAAUAUUAACUGCAAUGAUGUUCUUCUUGGAAUUCAUGGAAAUAUAAUUAAAGCAGAUUUUUAAACA